AUGGGCGGAUGCGCCGUAUCAGCCUUUAUGGCCACGAUUGGUUUUGACACGGUAACAUCAUUCACCAUGACGUGCACCCGCUUUACUAAGAUAGCGGGUACCCAUUAUUCCCCGUACUUUAAAGAAAAAUUCAUGUUUAACGUCGAGUAUCCGUUCAAAUUCACGGAUCAAACACUUAGACCCUACCGGAGCUGCGCUAACACUACCGACGCUCGACAGAGAACCACAUAUCAAAAUGAUUACUCAUUUGGCGCCCACUUUUACGCCAUGACGUGUCUUAUAUGCGCCGUAUACUCAAUGGCCGCACUCGGUCUACACGCAUGCGCUGGACGUCCAUUAUGGGCCACCAUUGACAUGAUUGGCACCAUUAUGUUGGCCAUAGUUUGUCCGGUGGCUACCACUGUAUGGGCGGUAACCGUACAUAAAAUACGUUAUUUUGCGAGUCCAACUGAGAGCGCUAACCCUGUCGGCGAGUGCUAUGAGUCAAACCCCGGGAAGUGGACCAUGCUCAAUAUAUCACAAAUUUGUGGUUUUGUUAAUGUAUUCUUAUGGGCGCUGAGUGUGUGGUUUGUCUAUCGAGAGACUCAAUCCCGUGGCGAACAAGUGUCGGAUCAAAAGGUAGCGCCCGUUUUGGGCGCACCUAAGGCCUGGUUUGGAGAGCAAACACCGCAAUUGUCGGCACAUAAGUUGGGCGCCGGAAUCUGA